UUCAUUCUCACAUAUUCUCCUUGCUCUCUCUCUCUCUGCAGAAACAUGGCUUCUCACUCCCUCUGUAGUCUCUCCCUUGGCCUGCUGAUGCUCGCCGCCGCAGCACUAGCGGCGGCGCCCAAAAAAGCAGUGGAUGUCCCCUUCGGCAGAAACUACCUCCCCACUUGGGCUUUCGACCACAUCAAAUACCUCAAUGGCGGCUCUGAGAUCCAGCUCCUUCUUGACAACUACACUGGUACUGGAUUCCAAUCUAAGGGUUCAUACCUAUUUGGACACUUUAGUAUGCAUUUGAAGCUGGUUGGUGGGGAUUCUGCUGGAACUGUUACUGCUUUUUAUCUAUCCUCCCAAAACUCAGAGCAUGAUGAGAUAGACUUUGAAUUCUUGGGCAAUAGAACUGGACAGCCAUACAUCUUGCAAACAAACGUAUACACUGGUGGAAAAGGAGACAAAGAGCAAAGAAUCUAUCUUUGGUUUGAUCCAACCAAAGACUUCCACACCUACUCUAUCUUGUGGAAUCUCUACCAAAUUGUAUUUUUCGUGGACGAUAUCCCGAUCCGUGCGUUCAAGAACAGCAAGGAUCUCGGGGUGAAGUUCCCAUUCAACCAGCCGAUGAAGCUGUACUCGAGCUUAUGGAACGCGGACGACUGGGCCACGAGGGGGGGCCUGGAGAAGACUGACUGGUCUAAGGCCCCCUUCGUGGCCUCGUACCGUGGCUUCCACAUUGACGGAUGUAAAAAAUCAUGGAUUAAAUAUGCCCGGUCAAUGGAUUUUGACCAAAUAAUAAAUGUGACGAGACAUUUAAUUUUGUGAAAUUAAAUGACAUA